AUGCUACCAGACAGUGGUGAGACCAGCAAGCUCGGAAGGAAGCGGCCCAUUAAUAUAAGGUGCGGUCGUGAUUAUCAUCUCCUGCAGGCUGGUGAGGUUCUGGAUGCUACUGCUGGGAAUGGCACCUCGCCAUGCACGACCACUGAGCCGAAGAACUCGAAGAUUGGUGAGCUCUCCAAGAAACGAAGGGAUGGAAGUUCUUGCAUUUUCGUCAAACAUGUCCACCAUGUCAAGAAUGACGAGACUGGAAAGGUCGCUGAUUCCAUACGGUAUUCCACCGGUGAACUGAUUCCCGUCGAGACUGAGGUCCAGAUACUUGAGCGCGGUGAGAUCGAAGAAGCAGUCUGGAAGUGUGGCACUCAAGCUCAUGGACCUGGACAAGUCGAGCUGCUCGAGACUGGUGGCGUCGCAGAUACUUCUCAGGAGUUUGCUGCUGAAGAUGUUGCUGCUCAAGUUCAGGAACGUCAGGUUCGGCAUUGCGGUGCCGAAGCACUGCGGAACGGCGCCGUGAAACUGGGAGUGAUUGAGCGAGAGGUGCUCAAGGUUCUGUCCAAAUGCCGCAGGCUAACGAGGUUGCUGAUGUUCGUCGGCAACUGUCCCAUAAGUGAGCUCCCCGCCAGCGAAAGAGCCUCGAGACCCAUCAUGGAGCCUAUCUCCGGAGGAAUGGCCAUGGAGAGCUGGACCGUGGAGAGAUCGAGAUAACGAAGGUACUCCAGCUGUGGAAGUUGGAGAAGCCCCAGUCGAUGGAAAUAACGUUCCCGUGGCUGUUUGAGAACCGCGAGGUGGUGAGACGAUGGUUAUAUCUUUUCUAC